AUGGCCACCGUGCGCCCGGAGCCCCGGAUUCCGAGCUCACCGACCCCGGAGUCAGCGUCCCCGGAGCCUCCGGACCUGGUCUCCGGGCCCGAGGAUGACAGCCCCGCCCCGCAGCCCAGCAGCCUCAUCGAGAUCCAGGUGGUGAGAGUCACGGAUGCGGCGCCCGAGCCUGGGCCCCCCGCGCCCGGCUCCUUCCCCUGUGCCUUGUGCCCGGCCGCCUUCCGGCUGGUAUCGGAGCUGCUGUUCCACGAGCACGGCCACCUGGCGGGCGCGGAGCGCGGCGGGGACCCGAGCCGCUGCCACCCAUUCGCCUGCCGCUUCUGUGCCAAGCCCUUCCGCCGCUCCUCGGAUUUGCGGGACCACGAGCGCGUGCACACCGGCGAGCGGCCCUACCACUGCGGCGUGUGCGGCAAGGGCUUCACGCAGUCGUCGGUGCUGAGCGGCCACGCGCGCAUCCACACCGGCGAGCGCCCGUUCCUCUGCGCGCUCUGCGGCCGCGCCUUCAACAACUCCUCCAACUUCCGCAAGCACCAGCGCACGCACCUGUCGGGGCCCCGAGACAUAGGGGGCCCCCCGGGCGGGGCCCUGAGGCCGACGAACAGCCCCGGGACGGUGAGCGCCGAGGCGGGCCCGCCGCGGCUCGGGGGCGCGGGUUUGGAUCCAGGCCCCGGGCUCGCUCCACAGCAGACGCCCCGAGGGCAGGGACGCGGCCACUGA